AUGCGUCGAUCAGCAAACGUUCCCAUGAACCCCACUCCCAAGCGAGAGUGCUCAGUGAAAUAUGAUGCAAGUUGUUAUGGUCAAGGAUUUACUGCCGAUGCGAAAAGAUUUGACAAGACAGACAGUGGCCAAGAAUAUCCUUGCCUACUAUUUUUGCUUGCCCGCACUAUUUCGGCUUGCAGUACAAUGGCAAACAGUCCUGCCAACCUCCGAAAAUUCUCCUCCAACUACCGUGAAAGGGUCUCUGCUCAUGUUCGGAGCAGAAGGACUAAUGACAGGGCAGUCAUUGAGAACCCCCUUGCCCAUCUCACCGACCUGGAGCUUCAAGCGGACGUCAGGAAUUUUCAACAAAGAAAUCUGCCUUUUGUAGAAUAUGAGACUUUAUUACGCGCUGCCAGAGUUGGCAAAAACAUCCGCUUAUAUGACGAAGCUGCUAGACAACCGCAAGAGUUCGAUGAGAGAAAUGCCCUGCUCGUAAGACUGACCCAAAAAGAAAAAAAGGCCCUGAGGAACGAAAAAGACAACCUUUUCAGCGAGCGAGGCAUGCUCAUAGUAAUCGGAACAGUGUCCCUUGCGGCUUUCUUACAAGGGUUCGUACAAUCAUCCUUCAAUGGGGCAUCACUCUACCAAGCCCAAUAUGGGCUCACAGAGCCACGCGUGCCUAAUCAAGUCACCCUUGAUGAUUGGAAACUGGGUGCUGCGAACGCCUCACCUUGGUUUUCGGCGGCCAUUCUUGGCUGUCCACUAUCUUUGCCAAUCAACUAUUGGUUUGGCCGAAAAGGCGGAAUCAGCGUUGCUGCACUCAUGAUCAUGUGCAGCUCCAUCGCGGCUGUUUUUGCCACGUCGUGGACUGCGCUGCUUGGAAUCAGGAUCUUGAAUGGCAUCGGUAUGGGCAUCAAAGCUGUCAGCACACCCAUCUUGGCUAGUGAAACGGCAGUUGGGUUCUGGCGUGGUUCAGCAAUUCUCGCAUGGCAGAUUUGGGUCGCUUUCGGCAUCAUGAUCAGUUUCGGUUUGAACCUUUUGUUCACCCUUGCGGCCAAUGAAAGCACCACCUUCCGUCUGAUUCAAGGUGCUCCUGUGGUUCCAAGUCUAGCGUUACUUUGCAUUGCAUUCUUCGUCUGUCCAGAGUCACCACGAUAUCACUUGAUGAAAGGGCCAAACUAUAGCGUGGAGAAGGCUUACCGGGUUCUGAGACGCGUAAGGAAUACCGAGCUUCAAGCUCUCCGAGACAUGUAUGUGGUCUACAAGGCCAUUGAACAAGAGAACAUGGAUUUUGGAGACCUUGAUGAACACGCUCUCAAGUCGCCUGGAUUUUUCUGGGUCAUUCGCGACUUCUUGAGACAGUAUUUUCAGUUGUUCGAAUUUCGACGUCUGCGUAAUGCCCUGAUUUCGACUUCCACUGUCAAUCUUGCUCAGCAGCUUUGCGGAGUCAACGUUUGCGCAUUCUAUUCUGGAACGCUAUUCAGCAGCAUGGCCCAAGGAUCUGUUGCCAGGACCAUACCUAUGGCUUACAGCCUAGGAUUUGGUGCCGUCAACUUUUUCUUCGGCUUACCAGCGGUCAAAAGUAUCGACACACUCGGUCGACGAAGAUGGCUCCUCAUCACCUUGCCGUUCAUGGCAGUGUUUAUGCUCGGCGGUGCCAUGUCUGGCCACAUCAGUAAUGUAGACACCCGCAUCGGCAUCACGGCGUGCUUUUUAUUUCUGUUUUCCGUGGCAUACUCGCCUGGUCUUGGACCAAUGCCAUUUACAUUAGCAUCAGAGAGCUUCCCAUUGUCACACCGAGAAGCGGGUACCGCGUGGGCGAUUUCAAUCAAUCUGGGGUUCGCCGGAUUGUUGGCCAUGUUCUUCCCAAGCAUCAACUCUGCACUUGGCCAACAGGGCUCUCUUGGUCUUUUCUCGGCGCUCAACUUGGUUGCCCUGGUUUUGGUGUUUCUCUUGGUGGAGGAGACGAAGCAACGAAGCUUGGAAGAGCUGGAUCACGUCUUUGCGGUCUCAAAGAGCGAGUUUAUGCGAUUCCAGACCACAUCUUACCUUCCAUGGGUCAUUCGAAAGUACAUCUUUGGCAGUCUGAAGCCCAGACCAGAGCUUUACAGGGAUUUUGUUUGGGGUUCGGUAUCUAUGGACGCCCGAGACUUGGUGUCAACGCAUGUAGAGUCUAGGUCCACGCCGGUUCCGGAGCAGACGGCACAACGACAGCGAAUGCCAGUUCCAAAGCCUCCAGUAUUCACGGAUACUGGGCGACCUGAUCAUGCUGCAGAGCUGGAAGAGAUUUACCCCCCAGGCGUCCAUGUGCCGUAUGCCAGAAACCAACAGGACGGGGCGAGCUCCAAAUGA